AUGCCUCAAGGAAUACUCCCUAGGAGGUUCAAGUUUGGCGGUAACGACGAGGAUGAGCAGUGGAACAACGCGAUGCCACACUAGGGUGGUUUCACGACUCAGCAGAGCGAAACGACCCUCCUACAGGUCGCGUGCUCGGAGAACCGUUUCUUUGAAUCCUGUCAGGAUCCUUAAGAAUGAAGCAGAAGAAGAAAAGGCAGAAAUUGCCAGGCUAAGUUUGUUCGUAGGAGCAAUAGCCAUUGGUGAUUUAGUGAAAUCUACACUUGGACCUAAAGGUAUGGACAAAAUAUUAGUAGCUCAUGGCAGAUCUGCAGGACAAGUUCAAGUAACCAAUGAUGGGGCAACAAUUCUUAAGAAUGUUGGUGUGGAUAAUCCUGCUGCUAAAAUCUUAGUGGACAUGUCUCGUGUACAGGAUGAUGAAGUUGGCGAUGGCACUACUUCUGUAACUGUACUUGCUGCCGAAUUAUUAAGAGAAGCAGAAAAAUUGAUUGAUCAAAAGAUUCACCCACAAACCAUAAUUGUUGGCUGGAGAAGUGCAACCAAUGUAGCUAGAGAAGCUUUGAAAAAUGCUGCAGCUGAUAAUUCUGCAGAUCCUGAACGUUUCCGUGAAGAUCUGUUAAAUAUUGCCCGCACAACUUUAAGUUCAAAAAUUCUCUCCCAACAUAAGGAGCACUUUAGCAAGCUUGCAGUAGAUGCUGUAUUACGUUUGAAAGGAUCUGGGAAUUUAUCAGCCAUUCAAGUAAUUAAGAAACGUGGAGGAACUUUAGCUGAUUCUUUCCUUGAUGAAGGAUUUUUGCUAGACAAAAAACCCGGAGUGCAUCAACCUCAAAGAGUAAUUGAUGCACGAAUACUUAUAGCAAAUACUCCUAUGGAUACAGAUAAAAUCAAGGAUAAAGUUGAGAAGAUUAUAAAACAUGGCUGCAAUGUUUUUAUUAAUAGACAAUUAAUUUAUAAUUACCCAGAACAAUUAUUUGCGGAUGCUAAUAUUAUGGCUAUCGAGCAUGCUGACUUUGAUGGUAUUGAACGACUUGCUCUUGUCACUGGUGGAGAAAUUGUUAGUACCUUUGAUCAUCCUGAUAUGGUAAAACUUGGUAAAUGUGACCUCAUUGAACAGGUAAUGAUAGGUGAAGAUACUCUAUUACGGUUCUCUGGAGUUCCUUUAGGAGAAGCUUGUACAGUAAUUAUUAGAGGUGCUACUCAGCAAAUUCUCGAUGAAGCUGAGAGAUCUUUGCACGAUGCGCUUUGCGUAUUGUCAGCUACUGUACGAGAAUCGAGAAUCGUUUAUGGUGGAGGAUGUAGUGAAAUGAUAAUGGCUUGUGCCGUAAUGAAAGCAGCCGCUUCUACGCCUGGAAAGGAAGCAGUUGCAAUGGAAUCUUUCGCUCGAGCAUUACAACAAUUACCCACCGUUAUUGCCGAUAAUGCUGGUUACGAUUCAGCUCAACUAAUUAGCGAGUUAAGAGCUGCGCAUAAUUCUGGUGCAAAUACUAUGGGUCUCGAUAUGGAACAAGGAAAAGUAGGUUGUAUGAAACGAUUAGGAAUAACCGAAUCGUGGGCCGUGAAGAGACAAGUUUUAGUUAGCGCAGCAGAAGCAGCUGAAAUGAUUUUACGUGUGGAUGAUAUCUUACGAGCUGCACCCAGGAAACGCGUCAAAGAUCGCGGCCGUUGUUAAUUACACGGAUGCCCAUUGCAUUAUUCGCACUACUUUUUUUCAUACUAUGAAAUUAUGAUUAAAUAAUAAACAAUUUAGCUUUAUCUAUUUCAAUUGAUACUAACUGAUAUCAAUAUACUAAUUAUUUCAUAUUAUUAAUUUCACAUCGCUGUUCGAAAGAAAAGUAUUGGAAGGAUUUAUAAAACAAUAUGAAUCAUAAUUUUGUAAUCAUUUUUUAUAACAAUACAAUAGGUUUAACAUUAAUAAAUGCUUCAUACCUUGAAUUUGUAUUUUCUUCACUAAAGCUUUGCACCAACAACGUACUUCAUACAAAAUCUUAAUAAAAAAUUAACAGAAAUAUUUAUAACUAGUAUGGAAUUGUAAAAAAAAAUUAAAAAUAUUUUUUUGUUAAUGAUACAGUUGUAACGAAUACUCUUUUAUAUAGUCUCGUGUACAUUACACCAAUAUUUAAAUACAGAUCUAUACCAAAAAUAAGAUAUGUUUUUAAGAAAAUUAAAACCAUUAAUGUCUUUUAGAAUAAAGGAACACUAAUAAACCAAACAUCUACGUUUAAAUGCGACAAAAAUAAUUUGUUGCUUCAAUAAGCAAAUCGUAAUAUUGAAUCAUAAUCGAGUUUAUCAAGGUUGGGAUUACAAGCAAAAUUAAUCAUUGGAGGUGGACCACACAUAAGUACUAUUGUCUCAAAUGAUGGAGGAAACAUAUGUUGCUUUAUCAUAUCAGAAUCUAUAUAUCCAAUGCUAUAUGGCCAACUUUCACGAGCGGAAUCUAGUGUAUACCAAAGUUUUAAUUUGUUAGGAUGAUUUUUUGCAAUUUCAUCUAAUUCAUCCCGAAGUAAUAUAUCUUUUUCUGUUUGAUUGGCAUAAAGUAGAGAAACUUGAGUUUCAUCUGUGGAAUCCUUUAAUAUAGCACGAAUUAAUUGCAACAUUGGUGUGAUUCCUGUUCCACCAGCUAACAUUACAAUCUGUAAUAUAAAAAGUAAUACAUUUGUUACUUAAAUUUUACAAAUAGAAAAUACAAUUGUAUAAAUUAAAUAUAUAUACCUUUUUAAUAUUAUAUUCUACAGGUGGACUUUUUCUUAAAAUUUUUAUACAGAACUUCCCAUGACCUUUAUAAACAAGUCGACCAGAAGGUCCCCUAAAAUCAACUGUAUCUCCAAUUUUCAAAUUGUCCAAGUACUGAGACAAUUUUCCUCCUUCCGGAAAUUUUGGAUGUACAUUUUUAAAAUAAACCUAAAUAUAUAAUUUGAUUUAUAACUUUCAUAUUGAAUUGCAUGACAGAUCAUAUCUUAUUAUUUACCUUAAUAACAAGAUCUACAUAACCAUGAUCAUCAUCACUUGAUACAGGAGUAUAAGAACGUAUAACAACUUCUUCUUCAAUUUUUACUGUUAAAUGUACAUGCUGACCAAUUGGUAAUCCUAAUACAUGAUCUGGAGUAGGCAAUGCAAAUCUGAAUUUUCUUGUAUCGUGAUUUAUUAUGUCUUUUUUUAUUAAUGGUAAACUAUAUUUUACAACUGGAUCAACUAACAAAAUCGGAGCUUUCUUUUUUUUAUCACUAUUCCAACUUUUGUAGAAUUUCAUUACUAAUCCUAUUACAGCUAUGGUUCCUACAGCAGCUAAUACUGGUACAAAC